GGGUUGGGCUUAAAGCCGUGUUCCACGCUAUGGGGUUUUGGCGGCGUUUGUUGAUUUUUGGCUGGGUAUCGCUUCGGGGUGGUGGCGGGACAGGUGUCCCGCUUAGGGGAAGCCGAGUGUUGGUUUGUCGGCGCCAGUUAUCUGGCGCUGACAAUGAGACCUUAAAACAAAGAAGAAUGCAAAUCAUGUCCCGAGGACUUCCAAAGCAGAAACCAAUAGAAGGUGUAAAGCAAGUUAUAGUUGUGGCUUCUGGAAAAGGUGGAGUUGGAAAAUCUACUACAGCAGUGAACCUUGCACUUGCACUAGCAGCGAAUGAUUCGUCAAAGGCUGUUGGUUUGCUCGAUGUGGAUGUGUAUGGCCCUUCGAUUCCAAAGAUGAUGAAUCUGAAAGGAAGUCCAGAAUUAUCACAGAGCAAUCUAAUGAGGCCUCUUUUGAAUUAUGGUAUUGCUUGUAUGUCUAUGGGUUUCCUGGUUGAAGAGACUGCACCAGUUGUUUGGAGAGGCCUUAUGGUAAUGUCAGCUAUUGAGAAACUAUUAAGGCAGGUAGAUUGGGGCCAACUCAACUAUUUAGUUGUUGACAUGCCACCAGGAACUGGAGAUGUGCAGUUAUCAGUCACACAGAAUAUUCCCAUUUCAGGUGCUGUGAUUGUCUCCACACCCCAGGACGUUGCACUGAUGGAUGCACGCAAGGGUGCUGAGAUGUUUCGAAAAGUCCAUGUGCCUAUCCUGGGCCUUGUCCAAAAUAUGAGUGUUUUCCAGUGUCCAAAAUGUAAACAGAGAACUCAUAUUUUUGGUGCUGAUGGUGCAAGAAGACUAGCACGGACUCUUGAUCUUGAUGUUCUAGGAGACAUUCCCUUACAUCUUAAUAUAAGGGAAACUUCAGAUACAGGCCAGCCGAUUGUGUUUUCACAGCCUGAAAGUGAUGAGGCCAAAGCUUACCUGAGGAUUGCUGCAGAAGUGGUAAAAAGAUUGCCACCACCUCUAGAGUGAGUUCCCCAAGUGGUCUGGAAAUUUGCCUGGUGCUUAACAAUAAGAAGACUUUCGGAAAUCAGCGGUGUGGUGAUGAAACCUACAGGAAUUAUAGCAAUCAUAAUUGUUUUCUUGUAUUUCUAAGGAAAUAAUGUCUUAUUUUCAGAUUUAAUUUGCUAAGCAAUGACUCACAAAUAAAAUUUUUAUAUAUUGAUGCUAA